AUGGUACGCACAAGAAAAGGUGCAACGACAGGUGAAGACUUUGAAGAGAGACAGACAGAGGACCCGUUAGAGGAUACUGCCUCUCAUGUGCCUCUGAUAACUCACCAGUCGAGAUUAGGGGAGUCAGCGAGACUCCAUGAUGAUACUGAAUUGAGACAGACUGAGGGAUCACAACUUGGGGGUUUGAAUCAGCAGAGACAGGGAGUCGUACCCCUAGCUACGACACCAGUACCUGCAGCGAUGCCUACGUUACAUGCUGACCCAGCACUCAUAGCUCAGAUAGUGAGGGCAGUAAUCGAGGCGAUGCUUGGUGCCUCGGCCCCGACAGCUCCAGUAGCACCGGCAGUACAGACAAUACUUGUAGCUACCGCCCCUGUUGAUAGUGUGGUUACAUUAGUGCGGACUAUAAAUAGUGUGAGAGAAUUAGGGUGUGAACCUUUCUUGGGUGAACCAGAUGCUGAAAUAGCUGGUAGAUGGCUACGCACAAUUGAGGAUACUGUGGAUCAUAUGCAAGUAGCAGAGGGCUUACGAGUGAAUUGUGCUGCCCAUUUGCUUUCAGACAGGGCGCGGUCUUGGUGGGAUACGGUGAGGUCAAGGAGACCUGCAGGGUCCUGGUCUUGGGCAGAGUUUAGAGAACAGUUUGAGCAUCAGUUCUACUCCUCCUAUCAUCAAAAAAUUAAAGAACAAGAGUUUCUAGCCUUGAAACAAGCGGACAUGUCAGUGCUUGACUGUGAAAGGAGGUUUCAUGACCUUUCCAUGUUUGCUUCACAUUAUACCCCUAGUGAACAACAUAGGGUUGAAAGACUACGGGAUGGACUGCGACAAGAGUUAAGGCAAGGAUUGGUUGCCUUUAACUUUGGGACUACCAGAGAGCUUAUUGAGGCAGCAGAGGCCCUUGAGGCAUGUUUGAGGGAAGGCCAACAAGGACAAUAUGGUUUGGGUAAGCGGAAGGAAGCAGAGUAUACCUCUGGCAGACCCCUUCUGCCUAAAAGAGGACAUUUUCGGAGGAAUUGCCCUUGUAGGGCUGAGAUCAAUCUGAAUCAGCAACAGCAGGCUCAGAGUCAGCAACAAUCUGCCACUGUAGACAGACCAGCUCGACAUACAUUAUCUGGGGUUCAACUUGUUAUAAAUAGGUGUGAAAUGAAAGUAGAUUUAUUACCCUUAGAGUUACAUGACUUUGAUGUCAUUUUAGGGAUGGACUGGUUGAGUAUGAAUAAAGCUCAAAUGGACUGUUUUGCAAAAACAGUAACUUUUCAUGGAACUGGUGGUAGGAAAAUUGUAUUUAGAGGAGAGAGAAAUGUCAUUCCAAAUUGUAUUGUCUCGGCUAUGACUGCGAGAAAGAUGAUAAAGAAAGGGUGUGAAGCUUACCUUGCAUUGGUCAUGGAGACAAAAAAGGAGGGCAUUCAAUUAUCAGACAUUUCGGUAGUUAGAGAAUUCCUUGAUGUGUUUCCGAAUGAGUUGCUGGGGGUACCUCCAGAAAGGGAAGUUGAAGUCACUAUUGACAUAUUACCUGAUACAUCUCCAAUAGCUCAGUCACCAUACCGGAUGGCACCAGCAGAAUUGGCAGAGUUCGCUGUGGGUAAUGGUUCGGCUAAGAGGUUGGUGGAGACGAAGUCUGUAGGGGAAAGUUCGGUGGAAAGGCUGGGGCUUGGCAAGCCAACAACUGCUAGUUUGGAGAUGAGGAAGAUUGAAGAUCGAGAAGGAGAGGAGGACUUUGCUUUGGUUGAAGUAAAUGGUCUUUUUGUGUGUGCUGGUCUGUGUGGGGGAAAAAGGUUUGACAAGCAAGAUGUUCAUUCAGUUCCGGAUUCUCCUAUAUUGGAGACUACAUCGUCGUUUGGUUCGACUUCUUCUUCGCCUUCGCUUGCGAAUUUGCCUCCGAUAAGGGUUCACAUGGAGGAUGGUGGUGGGGUUAGAGAUCAGAAAGUGGUGGGGAUCGAGGAUCAACUUGCUCAAAUGACUGUUGGUGGUGGUCGUGUCGGGCAGAGGCAAGAUAAAGGAUUUGCGGCUCUGUCAUCGCCGCCGUCGAUGCCUAAAGCCACCGCAGCCAUAACCUCAGACGCAGAUGCAGACUUUGACUCCCCAGAAUCAACAGAGCUGGUUUUGGAGAUGCUGAACAACAAUGAAGUGGUACUGCCUGUGGAGGCGUCCCCAUUGUUACUAGGGUUUGGAAGGAGUCCAAUGGUGAGGCAGUUGAGGAUAACGAACUCAUCAUUUCCAUUGAGAGAUCUUGAUGAUGAUAAUGGUUUUGUGGACAAAAAAGCUGAAGAGUUUAUUGAGAAGUUCUACAAGGAAUUGAGGCAGCAAAAAAGAACGAGUGGCUAA